GUUUACAUUCUCCGGCGCUGUGAGUUAACUGGCGAAGCGAUGUAUGACAGCUGAUUAGAUUCGUGUAUUUAUUACUUGUUUCGGCCGUAUUUCCUCUGCGUUGUUUUGGGGGUCAUGGCUUCACCUCGCUGGUGCGGCCUCUGGGUGUCGUUACCGCUCCUGCUGCUGCCGCGGUGGCCGGAGCUGCUGGCGGCCGCGGAGCAGGUUGCUCUUGUAGAGGUUUUCUUGGAGCAGCGGCCCGGUGUGAGCGACCUGCUUCAGGGGGAGGUGGUGGAGUCCAGCAGGGGCGGCGGGAGCUCCGAGCAGCGAGACGAGGAGCGAGAGGAGCUGGAGGGAGACCUGGUCCUGGUUCGAGAUGAGGUGACGCAGGUGGGUGAAGGAAAAGGUGAGGCUGACAUCAAAAAGCAGGAGCCGUGGAUUGGGGUGGUGCCCGUGGAGAUGGAUGAAAGCAAAGCCUCGACUGGGAACCAGGAGUCCUUUGCUGAUGCUGUGGUUAAUAAAAUGAAGCGAGCGUUGGUCCUCGGAGCUUCGGCGCUGAUUAUUCUGGCUCUCAACCAAAACACAGUCAGUGAGAUGGAUUUGUCUCAGGUGCUGUCCAAGCCCAUCAUUGUGAUCCAGACAUCAGAAAAUGUGACCAAGCUGAUUGGAGUUCUGCUCAGGGGCCUUCGGGCGACGGCAAAAAUCACAUACAAGACGAUCCUGCAGGACAACCUGGGAGCCACGCUCACGCUGUGGUCCAGCUGCGGCCGGUCGAGAGGCGGUCGCUACGGGGAGUGGCAGGGGGUCAUCUGCACAGGAGAGACCAACUCUCAGGUCCAGAAGUACCUGCAGCAGCUGUGGGACACCGUCCUCCUGGUGGCUCUGAUCCUCAGCACGGGAGUCAUCGUUCAGGCGCGCUGGCAGUACCAAGGCCACCAGCUGAACGACGACUUGGAGCUCCUUCCUAAACAGGAUGUUCUGAAGAGGAUGUCAUCCCUGAAGACCAAACGGUACCGUCAGCCCAAACCCUGGUGUGACCCGUCACAGCUGGCAGAGGCGGAUAACUGCGCCGUCUGUUUGGAGCCAUUUAACAACAACCAGUGUCUGCGGGUGCUGCCGUGUCUUCACGAGUAUCACAGAGACUGUGUCGACCCCUGGCUGCUGCUGCAGCACACCUGUCCUCUGUGCAAGCGCAGCAUCCUCAGCAGCGUCUGCAAAGACAGUUAACAGUCGUUUCACCUGUCGCCACCGCUGCAUCAGCUCGGGGAAUCGGCUCACAUCUCGACCUCAGUGACACUCCAGUAGCUUUUUUUUGUUGUUGUUGUUGAAGUGACAGCAACACUUCCUCCUUCCAGCUGUGGAUCUGGGAGCAUAAACUUGUUACAGCAUCUGACGGCCAUCAGAUUUUAACCUGUGCGACGUACCUGGUAAUACUAUGAAGUACCCCACUGGUCGUAUUGUAUGUGAACAGAACUUCUUGAGAUCUUGUUACUGUACAACUUUGUGUGCAAACAGCAGCAGCACAAAUGUGAUUUUUUUUUUGGGGGGGGGGGAUAAAAACUGACAACCUCAGUAUCUGAGUCAGCUGCUGGUGCAAAGACGUUCACGCUUUUAAGUUUUUAGUGUCGAUGUACUGAUCACAGGGUUCACUUUAGGUCAAAAUGAUGUCAAUAACCAACAACCAGAGAGGACUGAAAGUUUUAAAAAGUCCACUUUGAUACUUUGCAGUUCAGUGGUAGUUGUAGAGCUUCAGUAGUCAGUGUGUGCCAGCUGGUAACAUGUAGGAAAAAACGUCCUUAACACUCCUUACAACUUAACAGCAAAGCAGUGAAAACUGCUUUGUAUGCAUCAGUAGCCAGUUUACUUUCAGCUGUAGGAUUAGUGAUAAUGAUGAUGAUGAUGUUAAACAGGUAGGUGAAGGAUUUGGGGCCCAUUUUUGAAAGCCUGUAAAAAGUAGCCUCACAGCUAUUAGUUUUCUUUAAUAGAUCUCAGAUCUGCUGCAGUGUAAUUCCAGCUGUUAUUUUCCAUUUAAAAGAAUUAUCUUUGGCAAAUUUAUUUUAUUUUUUUUUUUAAACAAGCAACAGGCAACUUCCAACACAACUUUCAUAUACAGCCUGUGCUCCAACCAGAACCUGCAACAGGUGGAAAACUCGCUCAUGCGUUCAUACACCAGGUUAACUGAGGCAGCAGAACAAGAACAGCCUGGAGUCUGUCCAUGGACUCACUGCAGAGGAAUCUGAAUGAAACAGAGGACCGCCACAACUUCCUGAAGCAGAGAAACACAAAACAGGAUCAGAGGCUGGGACAGGUCAGGGUUAGCUGGUUAGCAGUGCAUAAACUUACAGAAUCACAUGUAGCACAUUCAAGCGUGGAUCUCUCUAUGCAUCUGUCCCACCUGACACAGGGAAAAAGGCAGGUACACCUUGAACAGGUCAGUCUAUCACAGGGCUAAUACAGAGACAACCACACCUACGACCAAUAAGAAUGAACAAUUAGCCCGACGUGCAUAUUUUGGACUGUGACAGGAGACUGUACGGCUGCAUCUUCGCUUUCCCAUCAGCCCCUAGUCUUCCUCUGGCAGUGCCAGCCUCCCUGAUCCUGGAUCUGCUGGAGAUUGAUCUCUAUUAAAAGGGAGUUCUUCCCUCCCACUGUCGCCAGAUGCUGCUCAUAGGAGGGCAUCUGAUUACCUAACAGUAUAUAUAAAUAAAACUGAAUUGAAUGUGCUGCACAUCAGAUUGCAACUUUUUUACAUUUUAGAUUAUGACCCAAGAUUAUCAUGCUAAUUAAUGAAGUUCAGAGGCGCUGACAGGCAGAUUUUAUUAUGUUUGAACAGAGUCAGGUUAGCUGUUUGUUCCUGCGGUCGCUGUAAAUGGAGUAAAAAUGCCAAACAGAAGAUGUAUCCAAACUGUAGGUUUAAAUAAAGAUUGCCCAGUGCUCAAGCACAGGAAAAAACAGUGUACUUACCAAAGUAAAAGAAAUAAUUAGCACCAUUCAACACGACUGAAGCAAAAGGAGAAAUGAAACCCUAAUGCAUUUCCUUUCUUUGACAGUGACCACAAACUCAGAAGUAUGUUAAAAACAUAGUUUUAUUGUAUUUUGUGAUUUUUUUUUUUUUUUUUUUCUCUGCAAUGUCAACUCCAAAAAAGCAUUUUUGUGUGCCGAUAUUGUUACAAAAAGCUCCGACAGCUUCAUAGAAAAUAUUGUGUGCAUGGCAGCAUGUAGGAGGUUUCCCCACAGCUCGAGGACCUUCCUUACAGAAAGUGCUUCCAAACACAAACAUCAGCAUCAUUGUGAUCCUUUUUUUGUUUUUUGUUUUUAAAGUCUGGACAGCAGUAAUGUGGACUGGGUAGAUGACGUUACAUGCGUGCAAGCAGCUUUUGCACAUGCUCAAACAGGAUGAGUUGGUGCAGUCCGCCGCUGCUGUUCAGACUUGAUCUCCAGGUCAGUAAUUGUUCUUCCAGCUACAGAAGGAAGUCCCAAACCCCGAACGUCUCCUCCUUUCACUCCUAUGUAGUCUGUUUGUUGAUGAUGAUGUCAAAGAGUGCUUGAGUGUUUGAUCACUCUGGAUCUUAAUAAUAAAAUGAUUUGUUACAUGGCAAAAAUAAACAUGUUAAUCUUUA